AUCAACAACAUGGCGGCCAUCGGAAACGCACAAAAUCACUUCACUCGUUUACUUAAAAAGAAUUUUUCUCGCUUAAUCAAUUUUUAAAAAAAAAUAUAUAUAUAUUGAAAGGUGUUAUAAUUGCAAAUAUAAAUCAUGGCAGCCUCACUCCGGGGUCUCAGUCCUGAAAUGAGAGAAUUCUUACGAGCUAACAGACUUCCAGAUAUUUAUGAGGUAACAUAACAAUUAACUCAUUUUCAAUUCAUUUUCAGCGAUUUUGUCAUAAUAAAAAAUGCAAUGAGAGAACAAAUUUGUCUAUUUACUUACUUUUAAUAAGUCUUAAGUCCUAUUGCUUGAUUUAUCAUCAUUAAUUAUUUACUACGCUUUAAUAAUAAUAAUCCUUUUACCUUUAUAAGCCUAAUCUAAUUCUUCAUUAUUGAAACUUAAGCCUUUUUUAGACUUAAACUUAAUUCUAAAGUCUCAUAUUUUUACAAUUUACUGUCUUAUUAAAUAAGAUAGUGUAAUUUAUAGGCCCUACUUUUCAAUGACCUUGAAUUUAAAGGCCCUAUUAAUUAAAUAUUAGUAGUAACUGUAAACAUUUCAAAUAAAUUUUAUUAUUACAUGCGUAACAGUAACAUGCUAAUGCUAUAUUUAAAUUUUGAUCUUUUUUAAAAUCUUUGCUGAUUAUUAGAAGGCCCAUAACAUUCAUAAAUAAUAUUUAAAUAUGUAUAUAAUAUAUACAGUUCAGCUGGGCUUAGGCUUGGUUAAAGUAAGUUGUGUUGCUUGUCAACUUGUGUCAUCACUUAUUAGUAAGUCAUCUUUUUUAUGAUUAUUAAUUUAAUUCAAUAGUUUUUGGAAAGAAUUAAAUUUAAUUAAUUAUAUAUAUAUAUAUAUAUAUAUAUAUACACACACUAGCCAAUAUACCCGGCGUUGCAUGGGAUUGCAUUAGGAUCCUGAUCCUGGUAAGACCCCAAUUCUAAUUAGUCCCCAAUCCCAUUCUGAACCUGACCCUAGCACAAUCCCUUUUCCCGGUGUGAUCCCGUUCCCGGUGGGAUCCCACUUUGUUGUGGCUCCAGAUCCAGGGGGAAUCCAGAUCCUGUUGGGAUCUCAAUCCCAUUGGUGUCUUCAUCCCAGUGGGAUCCCGAUCUCAGUGGAUCCUGAUGGGCUACUGAUCGUUAGGAUACCAAUCUCUGUGGGAUCCCACUCCUCCUAGGGACUCUAUUUUCCAAUGUUAUCCCUUUUCCUGAUAGGACCCUAAUCCCGGUUUGAUCCCGUUACCCGAUGGGAUCUCAAUGGUGUCCUGUUCUCAGAUGGGAUCGCAUAACUGAUGGGUCCCAUUAGGAUUCAAAUAAGCUUUUAGAUCUAAGUAUAUAUCCCUGUAGAACAAAAUAGAACAUUCCAGAUUAAAUUUAAUUUCCUCCAUGAAACGUGUACAAAAUUACUUUUCUACGUACGGUAAUAAUUUCCUCAAAUGAGAAAUAUUAUACAACUAAAUUGUACUUCUAUUGCUAUAGUACAUUUAAAUUGGGCCCAUUUAAUAAUGUACCGUUUUAGUUAUGUCUGAGAUGGGGGGGGGGAUCAGGGUUAUAAAAAUCAUUCAGAUAAAUUAUAGAUUUAAAGUUUGUGCUAUUAAAAUUGGUUUAAAAAUACCAUAGAUAUAGUUUUUUUAAACUAUCAAACUAUCUAGAAAAUUCUAGAUGGCCCUUAAUGGAUUGGAUAUUAAUAGUUUAAGAAACGCAUUGCUACAAAGCUAGGCCUAGAUUCACCUAUUCACGUAUAACCUAUAGUGUUGUCUAAGCCAAUUGAUAUUUAUAUAGCUUAUAUUAGGAAAAAUGAAAUUGGACAAAAUCCCAUAGGGAUGGAUAAUAUGAGUUCAGUACCCUUUGGUAUUUGAAUAUGGAUAAUCAAGUGUAUGAGUAAUAAGUUUGGUCAAGAUUCAGGUAAGAGUAAUAAGUUUAGUGAUAUUUUUAUAAUAUAACUUAUAUAAGAAAAAAUUUAAUGGAACCCCCGGCCCCAGAGGUAUGGAUAUUAUGAGUUCAGUCCCCUUCAGUAUUUGAGUAUGGAUACUCAACUGUAUGUGUGCUAAGUUUGGUAACAUCCAUCUAUCCAUGUAGGAGUAUUUGUUGUUAAUUUUAUUUAUAAACCUCAUAUAAGAAAAAAAUGAAUUCGGGGCCCCCGAUUGUGACCGUUCUGGGUAGAGUUUCGAAAUGAAACCUGCUUAACUUUUGUAAGUUAUCUGUAAGGAAUAAGCCAGCCAAAUUUCAAUCUUCUAUCUACAGGGGAAGUUAGAGAAUUAGUGAUGAGUCAGUCAGUGAGGGCUUUGCCUUUUAUUAGUAUAUAUAUAUUUAUAUAUUAGAGAUAGGUCAAUCAAAAGGCAAAUAUGUUUUAAAGAAUAAAAUACUGUACAAAUUCCAAGCAAGUGAUAUUGUACAAGUUGAGAAAUAUAUUAAUUUAGUUUCAGUAAGAUUUACACACUAUGAUUAAAAUAACUAAAGAAAUCAUGAUUUUUUUCAAUUUUCAGGCACUUCUCUCAGGUUUGAGUAUUAUGUGCCCUGAAGACUACCUUACCUUCAUCCUAGAGAAAUUGAUGUAUAUAAAAGAACAUGGACUGGAUUGUUUACACUGGUACAUUGAUUAAUAUUUCUGUUGUUUAAAGUAUUUAGCUCCAGAUUAUGCAUUACACUUUUACAAUUUUAUUACCCAAAUAAUAAAACAAAGUCAUGCUAUACCUACACUUCAUUUCAUUAUACCUAACAUCAAAUAGCCCCCUAAAGGCAUAUCUUUAAUUAACUCUUUUGCCUUUUUUGUUUUGUUUUUAUUUUCUCUUUUUAUUCAGGCUAUGAACAGAUGCCAUUCUGAUAUUUGUGUAUUUUUCAUUUUUAGUUAAUAUUUUAUUUACUUCCAUGAUUUAACAUUUGUAUACUUAAAUAUCUAUAAUUAUAUAAAUUUUGUGACAAUCGUUUAUCAUUUUCUGCUUUCCUUGUCUGGACCCUAUAAUUGGAUGAAAUGUAUACGUAUACUGGUUAGAACUUAAAGACUGAAUAUCUUUGGUUUGAUGCUUCUUGAAAUAAAAAAAAAGUUAAAAAACAUUCCUUCUUGAAUUAAAUAUCUUUUGAAGGGACAUGUUCAUUGAAGAGAGUAUGAAACCACCCCGCAGAGUGGUGACUGAAAGCAAUCUAGACAUGAUCUUUAAUUUUGAGGAAUGGCUUAUGGUGAGACUAUAAUCAUCCCAUUUAAUGUUAAUAUGCAUAUUCUGUUGUGUUUGAUCAAUUAAAAAUUUUUAGGUGGAAACAUGGUAAUCAAAAUAUUUUAUUUUCAUUGCUUUUAAAUUUUAUCCAUAUAAAUAUAAAUUUUAUACAGUUAUCAAGUAAUCAAUUAAUGAAAUAUUAUAAAGCUUUGAAAAUAAUUUGGCUUAAAGAAUGUCACAUAUAUACAUUUUGUUUUUUUCAGCCUACCCCAGAAAUGUACACAAAGGCAUAUUCCUUCUACAACUACAAACUAAUGGAAAUGUGUUUCUGGUAAAUAAAGUAUUUUCAUUCAUUUUAAAAAAAUGUAUUCUUGUCAGAAAAAUAAUAACUUUAAAGUAAUGAAGCAUUUAAUAAGUAAUUUAAUAAGUAAAUUUCAAAUUGAUAAAGCUUUAGAUUUACCUCCAUUCUUAGUGCCCUGCUUCAGUAUCACUUGGUGCAGAAAAGAAAGAAAGCAGCCUUGGAAGAAAAGAUGUGCCGUGCUGUCCAGCAUCAUGCACUUCGCAUGUUAAAAGUUCAUGUCAAAAUAUGGAAGGUGAGUCUCAUUAAAAUUGUUUUAAUUUUACUUAAUAUAUUCCAAGAAUAAAAUAAAAUAUUCUAACCCAAGAAACCUUUUCUAGUGUGUUAGUUGUCAUUAAUUUAGAUUUAAAGAAAAGAAAUUCAAAUAUAAAUGAUUGAAUAUUAUCCCUAUGAGUUCUCAAUGUCAUUACACUUUCUGUACUGUAUUCAAUAUAUACACUUUCUUUAGGCAACUUUAUGUAGAGUUUCACAGAAGAGAAUCAAUUUUCUGAUUGAAGAUUAUCCAAAUCAUUGAAUCCAAAUGAUGCAAGUUUUAUUUUUUUGGUUCGCAGUGAGCUUGGUAUUGUAUUAUAUCUUUUACAGAAAUUAUGCAAAUAUAGAGAUAGAAAAAAAAGCAAAUAAAUAACUUCAUGUUGUUAACAGUCCAAAAGCAUGUUCACCAAGGUGAAGACCAGAAAAAAAAUUGGGUAACUCAAUCCAGAUUCCCUAUCCUGAAAUAAAUAUGCGUUUUUCAUAGAAAUGAAAUAGUAUAGGAACGCCUUCCCAUGUUGACUCAAAAACCAUGCUUUACCAGGAGCAUCUUUUCCCCCUAAGUGGUGGAAGCCAGCCCCUUUCCCCCCUCCUAGAUCUUGGUUUAUGAUGUACUGUGGUCACUACAGCCAUGGUAUUGGCAGGAAUAGUCUUUGAUUCAGAGGUUCAAUAUGAAUAUUAGAAAUACAAAAAUUACUGUUAAAAAUUGUUAGAACAUUGUUGACUAUUUAAUAAUAAUAUUUAACAUUUUUCAGCACAUGAAAUUAUAGGCCUACAAAAAUCCUUUGAUUAUUAAAAACAUGAAUUUUAUUAGGCCAUGAAUUUUUAUUUUGGUUUAAUUUUUAAAAUUCAUAAAAUUUUUAAGAGUUUGCCUUGGCUGUGCGGUCCAAACAUGUGUCAUUGCAUACUAGAGUUUUUGAGUUUAAUUUCCAGCCUAGACAAAUUUUCCUAAAAUUGGCAGAUAAUUAAGCUAGACUUCUUCUCCUAACAAUCCCCCCUCCAAAUAUAUUAUAUAUAUAUAUAUAUAUAUAUAUAUAUUUAUUUAUAUAUUUAUAUAUAUUAUAUAUAUAUAUAUAUAUAUAUAUAUAUAUAUAUAUAGAGAGAGAGAGAGAGAGAGAGAGAGAGAGAGAGAGAGAGAGAGUGUGCAGACGUAGGGGGAAAAGGUGACGUGNUUUUCCCACCUAAACCAAAUUGGGAAAAGCACCGCCCCCCCCCCCCCCCACUGUGCUUUAAUAAAAGUAAAUAAAAAUUGUCAAUUAUCUUAAGCAACUAACUAUACCAAUUCAUUUCUAAAUACCUAAUGAUGUUACAACUUUUUUGGGGGCAAGAAGAACCUAUAAGAAUCCAUCCUAAAAUAAAUAGUACCCAAAUAAAGUAAUAAAGAAAUUAAAGUUAAAAUGUGAAUGUAAUACAGUAGGGAAGUUUAGAAAAAAAAAUGUGGUGCCACGCCCCUCUAGAUUUCAAGACAUUUCCCGCAGCCCCAUCUUGAUUUAAAUAUAUAUGUUUCACAACCAUACAAUAAGAAAAUUCAAAUAAAACACAAAUAAAUCUUAAUUUCUGGGUCUUUCUGCACCCACUCACAAUGCCAUCCUCACCCCCACGGUUUGCGGGAACCCUAGGCUAACACAUGCAGUUGAGUGUCCAUUUUUCAAAGGAGUUGUGACCUGGGUGUUUCAGAUAACUUUUUUUUGAUAAUUAAACACUCCCAUGAAAAGUCUGCCUCAAUGAAGUUAGCAUAUUCUUUCAUUUUAUUUCAAAACUGUGUGAUGUCACUGGGUCAGCUGAUUGAUGUAAAAAAUGGUAAGGACUUGAAUUUUGUAUCUGUUCAAAGUGGUCAUUUUCGAAAAUAGAAGACAGAUGCUUAGAAUAAACUCCAAGGUCACUAGGUCUUUGUAGGUGGCAUGUAUUCUGUGAUAUUUAUUAAAAAGUUUGCAGAUUGCAUUAUCCGAGUCUGGUCACUUUAUGAAGCCUACUCUCCUGCAGUAACUAUGUAUACUUUACCUGCAUUGUGAGACCAUGAUCCUGGUAGUUUUCCAGUGUUUUUUACACAUGUGCUCCAUGCCAUGGGUUGCUAAUGUUAAAAAAUAAAAUGUGUGCCAUUUGGAUAAACCGUGGUUCGGAUAUUCUGCAUUUGUAAAAUUUGUGCUCUACUAUACUAUUUUACAGAAUUUAACCUAAAUAAUGUUCAGAUAUUGAAUACCACACAGAAAGUAUACUUUGACUGAUAAUUUUCUUACAAAAUAUAUAAAGGUUUAAUUUUCCCUUUCCUUCUGUUAUGGGUGUAAAAAUAACUUGACAAUUAAAAUAGCAGUUGGCGAUGGGUGAAGAAUUUUCUCUGAAAUUUUGCUUACAAAUUUGAAAAUAUGAAAAUGUAAAGAUGUCAUGAAUUUCAAGUCUUUAAAAGGUUUAGAAAGAAGUUAUUGCAAUUUAAAAACACUAAAGUUAAUUGUACAGCAUGCCAAAGGUUAAGGAAUAAUAUAUGUUUUAAGUUAUAUACAAGUGUAAUCGUUCUUACUAAAUAAAUUUGUUUAUUGAAGUCAAUAUUUUAAAUAUUUUCUGAAUGUUGAUGAUCACAAACUCUGUGUCACAUGACCUAAUUGAAGCAAAAUGUUACAGAAAUUUGCAAAUAUUCUUUCAUUGUACUUUGAAAUCAACUAUAGAAAUAUGCUAAAAAUAAAAAUUAUAUUUGCAAAAUUUCCAUCCUAGAUUUAAAAAUAAUUUUUUUAAAGUUAUUUUAUUUUAAAUUUUUAGGCAUGGGUCAAGUACAGAAAAGGGAGACAAGCAAGUAAGUACAAUGGUGCCCUGAAGAAUGUCUUUAAAGUUCUACAAAAAAUAAUUCAUAGCAAUUCCAAUACUUGUUAUUCAAUCAUUACAAUGUUCUCCAUUUUUUCUCAGUGUCCUAUCAGAAAAUAAGACAUGUCUAUCAUGUGUCUGUGGGAAGAGUUAUCUUUGAGGCCUGGAAUAAGCACACCCUGGAGGCUCGCAAGCAAAGGGAAUAUUUUGAGGUAGGAAAUAAACAUUUAUUUUCUGGAUAAAAGUAAUUUUUUUAUGUUAAACUGAUAAAGAUAAUACACAUUUUUAAUAUCUCUCAUUUAAAUUCAAUUAUCUGAUGUUUAAUGAAUAAAGAUUUUCCUCCUAAAUGAGGCUAACAUCUAUCUCAACAAGGGUAAAUAAAUCCUUCACACACAAAAUAUGCUACAUUAAAUUUUUUUUUUAAAAACGAAAACAUCUUUUGUUUUAAUUUGCUCAGCAUCCUUUGGUUAAAGGUAAUUUUAUAAUCACAGUCACUGUGAGAUUGACUAAUUCAUGUCACAAUGUUGUGUUAGUUGUCACCAUUUAUGCAAAUGAGACACAUAUUUUGCAUGCACUGUGAUCAAAAUGUUUAGUUUACUGUCAUAUUAUGCAUCCAGUGCUAAACACAUAUUUUUAUAUGAAUUAUUUAUUUCUUCACUGAAACUUGUUGACCAUUAUUUAAAGUAAUCAUUUAUUCAUUUUAAAAUUGUUGAACUCAUAAAUAUGCCCAAUGCAAUGAAAUCAAAUCUCCUUUCUGGUUUUCUUUUAAUACUCCUCUACAUUAAUAAAUUCAACAUUUUAAAAUAAGGCUACAGCUAAUCAGACCCGGGUCCGAGAAGUUAGAGUUUGGGUUAAAAUUUAUUGUAGGGUUUGUACGACAAAAUUUAGUAUCAAAUGAAAGAUAAUUGAAUGUUCUAUAUGUUUGUAAACUUACUCCUUAAGUGUAACUUAAAUAAACUACCUUAAAUGAUAUCCGAAUAGCAUUUAGUCAAAAUGGAACAGGAAAUGCAUCAUCAUUAUUCGGACCUGGGUCCCUUUAGACUCAAUGCUAUUCGGAUGUCAAUUGCGGUAGUUUAUUUUAGUUAAACUGAAGAAUUAAAUUUACAAACAUAUAGUCCAUUCAAUUAUCUUUCAUGUGAUACCAAAUUUUGUCUUACAACCGAACAAAAAUAUUUUUUUUUAAAUUUGAAUCCCAACCUCUAACUUCUCUGACCCGGUGUCUGAAUAGCCACUUCGUUAAAAUAAUAAUAUUUCAGCUGACCUCAAAUUCAUUCUAUUUAUAUUUGACAAUAAACAACUCCUUUUUUACAAAUUAGCCUUUUUGAGCAUGAGAUUGUAUUUUAAUUAUAUUACAUAUUUACUUAUUUGUUAUUAUUUAAAAUAUGAAUAUAAUGGUUCUGUAUAAAAAUGCUAUGUCUACAGAUCAGCUUGAUCAAUUGAACAUAAUAUAUGGUCCAAUUAUUCAUUACACCCAUGUAAAAAUUCAAAUUUUAAUUAAUUAACCCCAAAAAAUUGUUUUUCAACAUUUCCAAUAGAAUAUUAAUUAGCAUUAAAAAAAUUAUUUGGUGUAUUUAACGUAAGGUAGAUAAUUCACUUAUCACAAGCUCUACAUACUGACUCUACACUUAUUUGAUAAUACAAUUUUAUUCCAAUUUAACCUCAUUGUUCUAUGGAGCAGAAACUCAAGGUAAUCAGGCAUAGAUCUGCUGUGAUGCGUUAUCCCCCUUUGGUGCUGUCAACUUCCUAAAUCUAGCAAAGAAAUUAUGUUUUAUGUAACAUUUUAAAACAUUUUGAUAACUUUAUUUUUAUUACUCAACCAUGGGCUUGAAAUGUAUUUGCAGUUCAAUGAUAUUUGUGUUAACAAAACAAUACAUUUCCUUUUUUUUUAUAAUUACACAAGCUUUUAAAAAUACUCAAAGAUUUUAUUUUAUUAUGAAUUAUAAUGUGACUAAAUUUUUGAAAAUCUUUCUUUUGUUUAGGCAUACACUUACACUGUGACAUUUUUCACAUUUUUUUUAGGAAGUUGUGAUUACCUUAUUUUACAUGCAUUAAUUAUAAAAUUUAUUUUAUGGUAGCAUGCAGACCAACUUUAUUAAUUGGGAUGAAGAAAAUCUGAACACUUUAAAUUUGAGUCAAGAUGAGAUAUAACUUUUUUUAGAUGCUCUGUUAGACUUAUGACUUGCAAAGUUGGUGAUUAAAAUAUAUAUUCUAAAUUUGUUUUUUUAUAAAAAGGUUUGAGUGAAGAAUGGUUCACUAAUUUAUUAUAUUCUUUUAAUAUGUAUUCAAACAUUUUAUUUCAUUAUUCAACUAAUGACAAGGAUUUAAGAUGAUUUAUUUAUGUUAAAAUAACAAAAGUUUGGAUUUAUAAAUAAGUUAUUUAAAAUUACUUUUAUUAUAAUGCAAAAAAUCUUGAAAUAAAAUGAGUAAAAAUUCUAUUAAAAAAAUAGAACACACAACUAGUUUAAUUAAAGGUAUAUUUUUUAAAUUAAAUACAAAUUCUUUUUUUUAUACCACAAAUAGUAUAUAAAAUGAAAUAAGCUUAAUUCAAUCAAUUUUAUUUAAUAUUUACAAAUAUAAUUAUGUUGUAAUAAAAAAAUAUCUUCAUAAAAUGUAUUUUCUACAGAGGCUAGAACGUGGGGAAAACAUGGAGGAUGAUGACUUGUUUGGACAAGGAAAUGGAGAAGCGAGGGAUAGUGUAUCAACUCUACCAUGGAAAAUUGCUAUACAGGUCAGAGAUACACAAAUAAAGAAGCUUUUCUUUAAAGAUAGUCCAGGAGUAUUCAUUUUUGAGCACAUAUCCUAAGUCUCUUUAAAGCAGUGUUUCUCAAACUAUGGGACAGCAAAGCACUUUCACUGGACCAAGAAGGGCUCACUUAGAUAAAAAAUUUGGGUGUGUAGGAGUCCAAUUUAGUUCCCAUGAAACUUGGUAUAUUUACUAAAAUUUGAGAACUGCUAGUAUCGUGUAGUGACACAGUUCUUUCUCAGAAACUAGCAGAGAGUGCAGCAAAUAUUUAGGCCCACUGUAUUCCCAGAAUUCUUUUGCAUAUUGAGUUAUCAGUUAGUAUCUAUCUGUUAGAUCUCCAACAGUGGCCUGUCAAUUUUUAGAAACUAAGAACUAAACUUAGAGCUAACCAGAGAAUGGAAUAUUGGGUUGUGCUGAGGAUACAUCUCCAAAUUCUCUUCAUGCUAACUUAAUUUUUUACAGUCCUCUGCAGGAGAAAAAAUGUGUGCAAAACGUACCCAACUUUCUUAUGCUAGCAGCCUAUUGUCUCCAUUCCGUCUUUUCCCUAGGUAAAAGUUUUUUUUUCUAAAUGAUGCUGGUUACACUUUGUAUGUUCUAUUAUCUAAAUUAAUUGGACUGUUUAAUCUAGUUUUUAAUUGUUAACUUAAACAACAAUAUUUAUUUCUAAUUGAUAUUUAAAAUUGACAGGUACUUUUUUUAGAUUAUAAUUAUAAUGUCCUUCAAAAAAAAAUUAGAUAUGAUGUUUCAUAUAUGAAAUUUAGUUUUACUGUCAUAAAGUCUAUUGGGGAAGAAAAACCACUGUCUGUGUCUUCUCAAGUGUUGGCACUGACUUCUCUAAAGCCCAGGGAAUUAGAUAGAUAUUUGGAAAUGAAGCAUCCCUGCUCAAUAAACAAAGAUGUCGACUUCUUUAAAUGCCAAGCCAAACAAUUAGACAAAUCCAUUAAGGCUUGUCUAAAAGCCUGCUAUGUAGUUUUAAGGAAAAUAGCUGCGCCAAGAAAGCCCACAUCUUUGCAAAAGAGUUGAUAUUACCUUGCUGCAAAGUUAUCAUAUCAAAUGUGCUUAAGUUCUGAACUUAAGAAGCUAAAACGUGUUUUCCUGUCAAACAAUACUUUUAAGAGGCGAUUAGUAGAGAUGUCUGAAAAAAUGCUUCCUUGUAUUCCAACUUGAUGCAAAGAUCAAUGUCACCAAUUUAGCCUAACUUUGCAUCUACAUACGAUAUGUAUAUGAAAAGCAACUGGAACAUGAGUUUUUGUUUUUCCAAGCUCUCAUUUAUUUGAUAAAGUGGACACAUUCUUUUGAGGUGCAUGGUAUCCAAUGGCAAUAUAUCAUUGGAAUGUGUAAUAAUGGUGCUUCAAGAUUGAAUGCCAAUCUGGUUUUCAAGUUAAGCAAAAAUCCCUAUACGUUAUUGGUACACACUGCACUAUUCAUUGCCAAGCCAUAAUGGUGAAAACAAGGUCCGAUGAGUUGACCAGGCCUUAUGACUUGAAAAAUGCUCUCAGUGAAGUGAUUACAGCAGUGAACUUUAUUAAAGUAAAUGCAUUCAACUCUCAUUUGUUUUCUGAGUUAUGAAUAGAAAGAGGUUCUGCAUUUGGAACACUCUUGUUGCUCUCCCAUGGGAAGUGUCUUUCCUAAAGGGAAAACUUUGAAGGGAGUUUUCACACUAUGUGAAGAAAUGCAGUGGUUUUUGCCAGACGCUAAACCAGAGAUGAAGCCAAAAUUCUCUGUCAGUGUUAUUAUAUCCCUGUCGUUAACGGGUCAACAUAUUUGAAUCCUUGAUUUCAACCAACAUGUGGCUGCAAGGACAAGAGAUCUUAGUGAUGCAUUGUCAUGGAACAGUGACAGCUUUCAAAAUGAAGCUGUAACUAUGGGAUGCAAAGCUAGAGAAGAACUUUUCCCAAUUUUCCGCAGCGAACGUUACAUCAAUGACAAUAUCCUUCAUGGGAUUAAACAACAUGUGUCGAUUCUUGGCGAAUAAAUUUCUCAUUAUUUUCAUUAUUUAUAGGAAUUUGUAAAAUAUUUUUCCUUUAUCAACAACCCUUUUGUAAUCCAUUAGUGAUCUCCCUUUGGAGGACAAUUUAAUUCAAGAACAGUUUUUUGAUUUGAUAAGUGAUUUUGGAUGGGGGUGCAAAAGUUGUUUUCCGUAAAAUUUGUUUUGCAUUGGUGCAGUCCCAUCCCGAUGUUGCAAAGAUGGCUCUAACAUUGCUGACUCCAUUUGCAACCCCCUCUAAGUGUGAAACAGGUUUUUCAAAUCUACUUGAUAUGAAGACAAAAUCUGGAACAGAUUAGAUGCAAAAAAUAAUAUAAGAGUUGCACUGGCCAAAACAAAACCAAACCUAGAAGAACUGAUUAAGGCAAAGCAGAUGCACCAAUUCCAUUUAAUGUACAUUUGCUGACAAAGUUUUGUCAUUAUCUGAAUGAACUAUUGUUUGUCAAAAAUAUUUUGGUGACAGUAGCCUAUAUUUUUGUUGUAGCUAAUUAUAAAGGAUCUGCAAGCAUUAAAAAAAAAAUAGUAGAGACUGUCACACAAGAAAUCCUAAAAAAGUUUGAGAUACACUGCAAGUCAAAAUCAAAAUUCUGAGUGUGAUUGUGACACAAACUAUUUGUUAACAGAAUUGGAUCUUCCUGAUUUAUUUCUGACUUUCACAGAUUUUCUAAACUUAUAGAUCAAUAUUAAAAAUUGAAUAAUCUUCUUAAAUGCUUCUCUUUCAUAAAAAGAUUUUCAGCUUCUUGGAUGUGGCAGAUAUAGCUAACUGUGCCUGUGUGUGUCGUUUUUGGAAAGUUCUGACUCAGGCAAACUUGUUGUGGAGUAAGGUAAGCAAACUUGUGAAGUAAGGUAAUGAAAAUUGUGAAGUAAGGUUAUGAAAAUUGUGACGUAAGGUAAGGAAACUUGUGAAUUAAUGUAUUGAAAAUUAUGAAGUAAGGUAAUGAAAUGUGUGAAGUAAGGUAAUGAAACUUGUGGUAUAAUGUCUGGAAAUUUGGGGAAUAAAAAUAAAGAAACUUUUGCAUUCGCUGAUAAUAAAUAAUUUGGUUUUUCUAUUCAAAUAAUAAUUUAUUCACUGAAAACUUUUUAAUGUUUAUUAUUUUCCUUAAAAAAAAUAAUGAAUUCUUUUUUUUAGAUUAAUUUUUGCAAUGUAAAGAAAAGGUACGUAAAUUUAUAUCUUAUAUCCUCUAACUGAAACUUUUUUUUUUUACAAUUUAUAACAUUGAUUGAUGUAGAUGAGGAAUACUAACUUAUUUUUUGUGAUGUUAAAAAAAUUAAAAUAUAAUAAAGCGCUUUUUUUUUUAUUACUGCUAAUAAAAGAUUAACAGAAAUUAUCAUUGAUAAAGUUCUUACUUUUUUUUCAUUAUCAAAAAGAUAAUCUUGACAAAUUAGUUUUAAAACUCCAGAUAUUUUAGACAAAGCAUUAUUCAGCAAAUAUUAUUUUUUUAAAAAUAAUAAUAUUUCUGUUCAUAAGUUAUUUAAAAAAAAGGUCUUCUCUUAUUCCAAUGAUACUGCUGGAUAACUAGAUAUUCUACAUUAACAAGAGAACUGAUUUAGGUUUUUUAUCCAAGUUUAUUGAUCUGAAAUUUUAUUACUUAAUACAUUGAUUUAAUAUUACAAUUUUCAUAUGUAUUUUAUAUAUAUAAAUGGCUAUUUUAUAGGUCGAAAAAGAUCAUUUAGACUUAAAAUGCUAAAUAUUUCUUGUAAAGCGUUAAAUGUAAUUCUUAUUACUGCUGUUUGCACACAGAUUUCCACUUGGGUAAAUUUUAGACCACUCAACUCUUCACAUUAUCAACUUGUUAAUAAACACUUUUGUACCCAAUGCUAUUUAUAUAUAUCCUACAAGUGAACAUUUCAUGUUACAUUAUUCCUAUUUGACAUAAAGUUUCCAUCAAAUUACCAUCAGAAUAGUUAUUUCAAUGACAGCAAUGUGUUUGACCAAUCAUACAAAAGUCUCCCAGAUAUUAAUAAUAGUGACCUCGUUCUUUUCUUCACUAACUCAUAUUAUGAAGCUUUUUAAAAACAAAAUUGUCAGUCAUGAAUAUUUCAUUAAAGCCUAAACUGAAAUAUCAUUCACUUUAAUGCCCAUUAAUUGCCAUGUACAUUAUAUCAGAAAAUAAUGUGAACGGAUUAUCUGUAGAGUCAAAGUAUUAGUCCCUUACCUAAUUAACUAUGAAAUCUUCUAUAUAUUGUCAUGCUACAAGCAAUAAUUUUCUCUUGGUCAUCCUGCUUAUUCAAGUUUGAAUGCUUUUUAUAAUAUUUUCCAAAGUAAUUUCUGUAUAAAUAAUUACAUGAUAUAACUUUGCAUCUAGCAAAAAUGUUAAAAUGUAGAGGGUGUGAUCUACAUCAAAUUUAUUAGCACUUCAGAAUACAUGUUUCAAUGUUUAACGAAUAUCAUCUUAUAGGAAUUAAAUGUCUGUCUUGUGCUAAUGUUAUGACUUUGAUUAUAAAUGGCCUAGGUGUUAAUUGAUGUCUCUAUUUUCUUUUUGUUGUGAAAAGUUAUAAAAAAUUAUUCCUACUAUAGGUACAAUAAAAAGGAAUUUUUUUUUUUUUUUUUUUUUUUUUGGUUAUUUAAAAACCGAUUAAUACAAACAAUAAGUAGCCUUUCUAUAAAUUAUUUGUUAAAACUUAAGGGUACAUUUGUCUCUCAAUCUAAGGUUUUUCUUCAAAGCUCAUCUUUGAUUAAAUACUUUUAAAAACUGUAUAGCUUCUGGUUUUCCUUGUAGGCCUACUUCCAUCUUUCUGCAAACUCCACUUUUUUGUAUUCUAAUAUUUGUUACUAUAUUCUAUUAGCUAGUUGAACCCAUAAAGUACUACUUUUAUAUUUUAGAACAAUAUAAUAGAACAUUGCUUAAAACUUGAAAUCCCCCUCAUUAUGUAAAUUGUCAUGUUUUUAGACAAACAUAUUUUAUGUUUAUUAUCCAUUUUUUAAAGAAACAUAAUUGUAGUCUACUCUCUUUUCAUUUAUGUUUUUAUAUCUGAAAUUUUAAUUAAUUUCUAAUCAAAUUUUUUUAUCUCCAAAUAAUUUUUACAUUUGAUUAAAAUCAUUGCACCAAAGAGCAUUGCUAAAUGAUUAAAAUAAAUGAUUCUUCAAAAAAAAAAGGAAAUGUUAAAAUCAUUUAUUUAAUGUGUAAUAUUUUUUGUUUCUUCCUGAUCAGAAUGUGUAGGCCUAAAUAUAUUUAAACCAAUUUAAGUUUGGCAUAAAUUUAAGCUUUUUAGAUAGAUAAUAAAUAGAUAGCACAUAACAGUCAAUUAGGUCAUUGGGUGAGUCUGUUUAUUAGGUUCUAAAAUUUAGCAUCACUACCACAUUUAAAUUAUCUGUAUAAAGAUUAACUUAAACAAUUUGGAUUAACUUUCAUAAAGGAAUCAAAUAAAUGGAGAUAAUUAUGGUAAUUAUGUCUUCCUGUACCAGAGUGACUGACAAAGUGGCAACUCGGCUCCUCUUCAAGGCCAGGCCAUAUCUAAUCCAUCUGAAUAUGAGAAUGUGUCACCAUUUAACCAGGCCAACCUUUGUUAGUGUCAGUGACUGUCGUAACUUGCAAGAUCUCAAUUUAUCUGAGUGCACAGGGCUUGAUGUAAGUACAGAAUUUAUUACUGCUAAAAGUGUACAGGUAUUUAUUUUUGGUCAAAUUACUAUAAAACAAUCUUUUUUUAAAGUCAAAGAAAAUAAGUCUGAGUAAAGUGUUAAUGGUAUAAAAUAUUUUAUAAUCCACGGUUUGAUAUUGCUUUGAUUCUCUAAUAUAUCUCUGCUGGAGGCCGAGCUCUAUAUGGUCCUGGCUACCACAUUGGCAACAAGCUGUGCCAUUUAACAUAUUGUAAUGUAAGACUCAACAGCCACCCUAGUAGGCCCAAGCUCAAACUUCAGGCAAAAAGUCAAUAGGUUUUACCAUUGUUUCUGGGGCCAGUGUGCAAUUAGGGUCUAUGUUUUGCCUUUAUGUUCUGUUGGCUCAAUAAAGUUAAUUAUUUUAUCUUGGCAACCAUUGUUAUGAUUACACUAUAAAAAAUCCUUUCUGUUAUUUAUGUCAUUGUUUAUAUUUAGCUCUAUUAAUUUAAAUUUAGUAAUACUUUAUUUGAGUGAUUUUAUCUAUAAAUAGGCUUACAAUUUUGUAAACAUUUUUUAUUUUCAUCUUAAUAUUCCAGGAACAGAAAAUUAAGUUACAAAAUUCAUAUUAUGAUCCAAAAAAUAUUUUGGCUAAAUUUUUUACAGUUAUUAUGUAAGGAGGCUUAAAUUAUUAAAAUUUGAUAGUAAUUUUCAUAAAACUUACCCAGUCAAAAUCUGUCAUAGUCAAGAAUACUAAUGAAUUGUGUUGAUUCCAGGAUGACGCACUAAAAAUUGUGACAAAAGGCUGUAGAAUCUUGCUGUAUCUGAACUUGGCACACACCAAUCUGACAGAUGCAAGCCUAAGGGCCAUCAACAAGUAACCAUUCAAUUUUUGUAUGUUGCUGUAGUUCUUUUUUGUCACUGCCAACACAGAAAAGAAUGAGGACAUUAACAAUGGGGAUAUAUAAAUAGUUGUUCAAAUAUGGUUCUGUUUGUAAUUGAUUCCAAUAUAUGCAAAAAUGCAAUAUUUAUUUCAAUAUUCCUGAGAAAUUAUUUUGUUCUCUAAAUAUCAAAUAUUACAGCAUUUAAACAAACGCCUUUAAUAACACUUAAAAAAUACCAGAUCCCAGUGUUACACAGUGUUAGCGGCCAAGAGAUAAUAAUCUCUAAGUUAAAAUUAAAUCUGCAAGUUUAAUUUUAAUAUAGAGAUGGUCCAAAUAUCACAGGCCCUACAGACCAAACAGGAUUUUCCUGUUGUCCAAGCUGCCCAGUCCACCAAUGCCAGAACUUUCUUUUUUGUAAAUGUAUUAAGUCAAAUUAGUGUUCAUACUUUUAAUGAAAUUGAAUUUUAUUUUGAUCAGAAAUUGCCAAAAUCUUCAAUAUCUAAGUCUGGCUUUCUGUAGCAAGUAUUCUGACAGAGGUCUGCUCUACCUGGCAACAGGAAAAUGCCAUGACAAACUCCAGUAUCUAGACAUAUCUGGUUGCUUGCAGGUAGUACUUUAUGGUUACUUUAAGUUUAAUAUCUUUUCAUACCUCAUGUGAAUCUAGGAAUUCAAGAAAAUAAUUAAUUUAUUACAAAUUAGAAAUCCUAAUUAAAGAGAUUAAAAUUAAUGGCAAGAUCAGUGGUUUCCAUCUGCUGAUUGUAAUCCCCAAAUAGUUUGUGUCAUUCUACUGAUAGGUUAUAACUUGCAAAUGGAACAUGAAAUAUUUUUUGGGUGAUAGCAGAACCCAAAUUCUGAAUUUUUAAUUCUUUGCAAUAUUUUACUUUUCAAUUUUGACAGUGUUGCAGUGUGUUGCAGAUGGUUUCAAUAAUAAAAUGCAAGGUCUAAGUCAAAAGCUUCACUUAUGUAAAUCAAAAGUUAUCAGUUAAAAGCUAUCAGAAGAAUUAGAGAAAAUUUGUUGUGGAAACUUUUGUCAGCCAAACAACAUAAGACAUAAACAAUAAAGGGGAAAAGUUAAAUAAAAUGUAUUCUGAUUCUAAACAUAUUAUAGGUAUACCCUACAGUUUUAGUACUUGAAUUUAAGAAAUUAGAGUCUUUGGAAUUAUGUUUGGUUUCUAAUUGAGUAAUUCCUUUAAUCAACUUUUCAGACUUCAACAAUUAUGAUGACUUCAUGAAUAAUAUGAUUAAAACUUUCUGAGACAUAUUCCUAUUUUGUAGGUAACCCCUGAAGGAUUCCAGAAUCUGGCAGAUGGAUGCCCAAAUUUGUUGAGUCUUGUGCUGAAUGAGUUUCCAACACUUCUUGAUGAAUGCAUUAUGGUAAAUUAGAAAAAAUAGUAGUUUAUCAUAAUCUGGCAUUUCUUAAGAAGUUGUCCAUUACCAACAUGAUUGAUUUUAUUUUUAGGUUAAUUUUUUGUUUAUUUUGGCAAACCCAAACAUACACUCAAAAGGUAUGACUGUGUUGGGUUUAAAUUAAAUUGUACAAACAGAUGCCACAUUGAUUUUUUAUAAGCCCAUUACAUUUUAUUUUCACAGAUAAUAACAGAAAAAUGUCCAAGAAUCCAUACAAUCUCACUACUGGGAUGCCCUCUACUGACAGAUGAAUCAAUCAAGAGGCUGGCACUCAAUAAGAGUUUGCAAGUUUUGAAAGUUGAUGGUAGGAAGAUGUAUAUUAUUUGAGAACUUUAUUAUUUUUAAUGGCCUUUUUGAAUAGGCUGAAAUCUCAAAAUCCUUAAAAUGUUUGAAAAAAAAAAGUUUUAUGAAAUUUCUUAGUUAAAUCAAUAUUUAAUAUUUUUCACAAGGCAACCAUAGGAUAUCUGAUGCUAGCAUGAAAUUGAUUGGAAAGAACUGCCCAGAUUUGCACCACGUUUAUCUGGCUGAUUGCCAGCGCCUGACAGACACAACACUCAAGUCUUUAUCUGCCUGUAAAAACAUGACUGUUCUCAAUAUGGCUGAUUGUGUAAGGUUAGUCAUGAUUAGAGAUUAUUAUCAAGAUUUGUAUUCUCCCUUCCCUACACUUUAUUUUUUUAAAAAUGAGCUUUACCAAAACUUGGAAAGAAAAAGCGGUCUAAAAGAAAAUAAAGACAGGCCUAUAUUGUUAAUAGCUGAACUUAAUCAAUCUUCAUAUUAUGAUAAUAAACCAUGGAAUUCAUUCACUUCAUUUCUAAGUCUCAGAAAGCUGGUCACACUGUUCUUAUUCCUGAGAGCAGGGAAUGAAGUUUUUAAGUUAUCAAAAAUAAUUAUGUUCCUUUGGUAGCUGAGUGGUAAGUAUUAGUAAAGUGAAACCCGAGAGAGUUUUUCCAGAGAGAAAGUAAUUUAAAUGAAAAAAUUAUCUAAUUAAUGUACUGGAAGCAGAAGGGUUGAAAACAUAUGACAAGCAAAAAAAGCUGUUUUUACACAUUAUAUUUACACCGUAACAGUCAAGAAAAAUUGUUUAAAAAAAUUAUACUUUUCAAUCACAACUGUCUACUAUAAGAGAUUGGAUUUACAUUUAAGCUUAGAUUUAUUUAUUUAUUGCUCAUUUUAUGACAUAAUUUUAAAAAUAAAUCGAAUAAUAUACUUUUAUUUCUAUAUUGUAGAAUAAGUGAUGCUGGGGUCAGGUAUUUGACUGAAGGUCCAGCAGCCAGUAAACUAAGGGAGUUAAACCUGACCAACUGUGUCAGAGUUGGAGAUAUGGCCAUGGUGAACUUACACAAGAGGUGAGGUCAUUCGAAGGGAUGAGGCAAGUGAGAGGGAGGUAGAUAGGUCAUUGGAAGGAAUGAGGCAAGAGGGAGGUCAUUGGAAGGAGGAUGUAAGAAGGAGGUUGUGAGGUCAUUGGAAGAAAUGAUGCCCGUGAGGGGGAGGUAGGGAGUUCAUCGGAAGGAAUGAGGCGAGUGAGAGGUCAUUGGAAGGAGGAUUAUCAGAAGGAGGUGGUGAGAUCAAUGGUAAAAAGGAGGAGAGCAAGAGGGAGGUGUUAGGUCAUUGACAGAAAGGAGAGUGAGAAGUGGGUGGUGAUGUCAUUGGAAGGAGGGUGGAGAUCAUGGGAUAAGAUCAUUGUAAGGAGGGUGGAGUACUGAGGUAUACAGUGGAGCCAGACAUUCUUUGUUCAUAUAUAUUGAGGUAACAUUACAUUUUUAAAAUUUCAUUGUAUUAAAUUUUCAUUGGAGAUAUUUUAUUUAUUGGUUCCCACUCAAAGUUUUUUGGCAAAUUAUGCUAAUUAAUUUGUGGAAUUUACAAAGAUUUUAUAUAUAUAUAUAUAUAUAUAUAUAUAUAUAUAUAUAUAUAUAUUUAUUUAUAAUAUAUAUAUUUAUUUAUAUAUAAUAUAUCCACUCAAAGUUUUUUGGCAAAUUAUGCUAAUUAAUUUGUGGAAUUUACAAAGAUUAUAUAUAUAUAUAUAUAUAUAUAUAUAUAUAUAUAUAUAUAUAUAUAUUUAUUUACAAUGUAUAUAUUUAUUUUUUUAUAAUAUAUUACUAAUAGAUAAAUAUUUUUUUUAUUGUUUCACACACAAAGUUUUUUCGGAAAAUAUAUUAUUUUAUGUGUGUAAAUUACAAAGAUUAUAUAUAUAUAUAUAUAUAUAUAUAUAUAUAUAUAUAUAUAUAUUUAUUUACAAUGUAUAUAUUUAUUUAUUUAUAAUAUAAUACUAAUAGCAAAAUUUAUUUUUCUUGAUUGAACUUGAACAUUUUAUUGUCACCUUGUUCAGUUAAUACAAAUUAAAAUUUGAUUAUUUUUAUAGCUAUUAGUGUUAAUUUAUAUUACAAAAUUAAUCAAAUUUGUAUUGAAAGAUGGAUUACUAUCCACUUACAUAACAAUAUAGAACUUUUUGUUAAAUGUUAGCAAAUGGCUAAUAUGUCAAAUUAGUUAAAGGUGAAUCAUAUUUUAUUUCCAGAUGCCACAGUUUAACAUACUUGAAUGUCAACUUCUGUGAACACAUUAGUGAAGCAGGCAUUGAACUGUUGGGCCAGAUGCAUAGUCUGGUUGCCUUAGAUAUCAGUGGAUGCAACUGUGGGGAUCAGGUGAGUUCACUUGAAACGCAAUACAAACUUUAGCUUUUGAGGAGAAUACAAAAUGCAAACCAGUCUACAGAAAUGUCCACAUCAUCAAAUCAUUGAACAGCUUACAAAAAUGUGUGUUUUUAAGUUUAAAAGAUGAGCUCUGGCACACUAGUCACAUUGUUAUUGCAAUACUAAAAAAAAAAUUCUUUUGACCUAACAGAAAGAAAACAAACGAUAAAUACUUUACUAAUAAAGAAAAGGAUUUUAUCAGUUAUAUGAGAUAAUUACAUUUUUUAAAUCCUAGGGUUUAUCAGCACUUGGUCAUAAUUCACGGUUGAGGGAUGUAGUGGUUUCUGAUAACAGUAACAUUACAGACUUGGGGCUCCAGAAAUUUGCUCAACAGUCUAAAGAUAUAUCAAGACUUGACUUGUCUCACUGUGUGGUAAGUUUAUUAGAGUUUUGACUGGUCUCAACUUUCUGCUCAAUUUAUUAGUGUUAAAUUUUCUUUUCACUGUGUGUACAUUUAUUAGAGUAUUGACUUGUCUUACUGUGUGAUAAGUUCAUGAGUGUUGACUUGCCUCAUUAUCUGGUACGUUUAUUUGAGAUAAUCAAACAAAUUAACUCGAAAUAGUCUUGGUUAUUUCAUCUUCUUAGACAAACAUCUGUAUGUUUCUUGCAAAGUUAUGGAACAACAAUUUUUAAAAAAUAAUAUUUUUUUAAAAUCUAGAAUUUGACUGAUGGAGCCAUCAAGAAUUUGGCAUUUUGUUGUCGCAUGUUGACAGUUCUGAACUUAUCCGGUUGCAAACAUGUGAGACUUUUUCCUUGAUUUUAAAAAUAUUAUAAUCAAUUUACCACAGAAUUGGUUGUAAAUACAGUCAAUGGUAAUUAUAACCACACGCAUUAAUGUUCCGGUAUACAAUUUUUAGGUAGAAUUUAAAAUAUUUUUAAGGUGUUUUUGAUUUGUAGCCUAAAUGUUCAGUGUGUCAAACACAAAAAGUAGCAUUAGUUUUAAAAAAAAACAUGGCUGACAUUAAGGGAUUCAUUCAUUAAUAUCUCAUGUUAAAUAAUACCAGGUUACAGACUUGAGUAUCCAAUAUCUAUCUGGGGUUUGUCACUAUCUAACCCAACUGGAUAUUAGUGGGUGCAUCCACAUCAGGUAAAAGCUAAAAUCUUAAAAUAUACUAAAUAUUGGGUGGGUUCAUCAAUAAUCUAUUUAAUUAAUAUCACUUUCAAAUAAUUAUUAUAAUUUUAUGAUCACCUUUUCGUUUCCUUAAUUUUAUUAAUUUUUUUUAGCUGUGGCAUUGAAAAGUGACAUCUUUUUGUCUAAAUGAUUUCAAUUUUUAUCUGGCAGUUGAUGUGUAUCCUUGAAAAUAAUUGCAAACUUUGAAGAUCUACUUUAUACAACCUUAUUUACUCAGUAUAUAAAACUUUAACAUUUAAUAUAUAUUUUUGUAACAUCUGAAAUUCUGUGCAACUGCAACCAGCUUUUUUAAAAACUUUAUCACCAGUGACAAAGCAUUAAAAUACUUAAGAAAAGGAUGUAAAAAAAUGAGAAAUCUCAACAUGCUCUACUGUAAAAAAAUUAGCAAGUGAGUUUGUUUUCUUGACUUGACCAUUUAAUGAUAGAUUUAUAAAGUGUCUCUAGUAAAUAAUAAAGUCAUAAAUUUAACAUCUUUAAGUUCGAUACGGUAUUAAUUUUGCAGAAUAUGAACAGACAUUUAAACAAAUGGUUUUCUGUAAAGGUAUAAAUAUACUGAAACUUUCAACUUACAGUACUUUUAAAAUAAAAUGUGUAGCAAUCUGUUGACAUUCUGAUAUUUUAUCAUACAGGCAUUCAGCACAAAAGGCUCAGCGUUAUAUUGAGUUUGUACAGUACAGUAAUGAUGAGGUGCCACUUUACUUCAAUUACUGAGUAAAAUUGAUAAUUCAGGAGUACAUCAGACUAUGGGUUUCCCUCUCAUGAUAUUUAGCGGCAUGUGUUGUUAAAAUCAUGUUGUUACCUUGUUUUAGUGCGAAGCUGUCUUUUGUUUGGCUAGUGUAUGUCAUGCUGCAUUUGCCAUCAUACUGAAAAAGUCCUAAUUCUAGCUGUCUGGAUAUUACAAAAAAAAACAACAGAAAUUGUGAUUUGCAGUAAUCUAUUUUAAAUUAUUAAGUGAUGAAUGUGUCACUUAUGUAGGCAAUAUUUUCAUGAAUGCCUUAUUAUUGUUUGGAUCCAUUCAAACAAAAUCGAGUUUCUAUUUUUAUAUAAAAUACUUUAAUUUAUAGUUGGAACGAAGCUGUAAAUAUCUUAGCAGCUGUCAUUUACAGCUUUACCGUUAAUAUUCAUAAAUUUAUUGUGCUCUAUGUAAUUUUAUGUGAAUUUUUUUUUUGUAGCUGAUUGGUAGUUUUUUUUAUAAAUAUGC